AUGCCUCAGACCGUGGUCUUGCAGCUCCCACCACAACAGAGCUUCGCCGCGCCGCAGUUGAUUCAGCUGCUCCAGGCACCCGCACCCCAGCAGCCGCUGCUGCAACCGUUUCAGGUGCAACCGCCGGUGCUGGCUGUGCAGCAGCAGCCCCUGCUCACUCCGCUGCCGCACGCCUCUCCGCCGCCACCUGUGGAUGUCGCAAGCGCCAGAAGCGAUCUGGUAAGCGCGGCGUCAGUCGGGGAAGAGGGCCAGGCCCCGCCACCUCCAGCAGAAGCAUCGAAGGAGGAGCCCAAGCGGUGUCACCUCCACACAAAGCCGAACCGUUGGUGCAAAGCAUGCCAGCGAUCGGCCUCAACAUCUGGGCCACCGAGGACGGACACCAAAGCAGCUGGUGCACAAGUCGCCCCUGAGUCGGGUGUCAAGGAGUUGGAGCCAUCGAGGGGCAACUUUCUGGUCAGCCCCAUGCUGAGAGAUCAGCUGCUAAAGUCCUCCUACUUCAAAGGCCUUCUGUCCAUCACAAGUGUGGACGGCCUUGCCGAGGAGAUCCAGACGAGUGGGGAUUCUUUGGAGGUCUACGAGAAGGGUACUUCAAUGGCAACGCCGUCUGCCUUCUUCUGUGCAGUGUUCAGGCUUCACAACUUGGACCACACCGAGGAGGAGCUUCAGAUGCUGUUGGACCAUCCUGACUAUGUCAUCGCUCGCUGUGUGGGCUUCCUCUUCGCUCGCUUCACGAUGAAAGCGGAUCGACUGUGGGAUGCAUUGGAGGAGUAUAUGCUCGAUGAGAUGAGUCUCGGAGCGUUCCGAGACGGCUCCAUGCCAAACACAAUCGGCGAGUACAUUGAGCAUCUCUUGCUCAAGGAGAAGUAUUGCGGAACGCCGCUCCCCCGUCUUCCUGUGACGGCCCGUCGGCGGUUGGAGGAGCACAUCGCCCCCCUUGCACAGCAUCGGAAGCGUGCUGCAGCGAACCGUCGAGAGCUUGAGAUCUUUCGAAAGCCGGGAACUACCGUGGAGAUCGCUGAGGACGGGGAGUGGCUAACCGGCAGCGUGCUGGAGCUGAACGACAGCGUCCCCUCGCGUCUGAAAGUGACGGUACAGCUGCAGGAAGGCAACAUCACCACAGUGCACCUGGGGAAGGCGAUAUUGAAAGAAGAAGGUUCCGAAGAUCAGCGAACUCGCCGGCGAGGCGGGUCGCCGGACUGGUCCAGGUGCAAGGGCAAAUCGGAGUCUGUCCUUCUGCAAGAGCUGCGCGGUCACGCCAAGGAGGAAGCUGUCUGUGGUAGCGGCAAAGACUACGCCAAGCGCCCCCAGGCGUUUGAGGUGGGCUUGGCGAAACGACGGGAGCAGGGCUCCGCCGAAAGCCAGAUGCAGCAGGAGGAUACCACCCAUGCCCGGCAAAAGCGUCGAAGUGACAAGGAUGCUGAAGCAGAUCGAGAAUCGAAGAUGCUGCGCCGGAGCACAGACGAAGAGAAGGAGCGACAGCGCUACUCCAAGCAAAUCUUCGAGAAGUAUGGCCAAGUCCGGUCGCGUCCCAGCACUGGGACGGCGCAGGACGAUGAUGUGGAUCGAAUUCAGCUGGGCUAG